UUCCUAAACUCCAUACCAUAUUUAACACCUCAUCUCUCUCCCUCUCUCUCUAAAGCCCAGAGCCAGAGGAGCCCGUUAAAACUUCAGAAACCCUAUUCAAUUUCAAGGUAAAAACCAUUAACCCCACAAAAAAAAAAUACAAUCUUAUUAGUAUUUGUAUAACAACAUUUAUAUUUCUUAAUCUUGAAUCAUAGUUUAGAUCAAAAAAUCUUGAAACAAAUUUCAAUACAAGUAAACCCUUUGCUUUUUUCGAAUCAAAAAAAAAAAAAAAACCCUUUGCUUUGCGUUUUGUCCUAUUCUUAUUCUUCCUUUUUUUUUUUUUUUUUUUUUUUGAAAUUAAUUUUAUUAUUUAGUUUUUGCUUUUAUACCUUUCUUUCUCAACAUUGUAAUCUGGUUGAAUAGUUGAAUCCUAGUUGACACUCAUAUAUAAUCAUCCACUUGAAGCUCGAGCUAAGUUACUUGUUGAAUUUUGAGGUUUUGGGUCUGUAUAUAGCAUGGAUUGGAGUUUUGAAUUUAUGGGUUUUGUGGUGUUUUAGAUACUAAGGCUGAAAUUGCAUCUGGGUUCAAUUGUGUUUGUAAUAUUGUGGGGGGUUUAUCAAAUUACUAGGGAAUUUAGAAAAGGAAAAGAUAAAAAAAAUGUAUGGAAGGGCUGGUCUUGAUCGAUUCAAGAAAGCUGAAACCUUGGAACCAUUCUCAGUGAGUGUUAAUUCAGCUUACAAGCCCAAUACCCAGUCUGUAUCCAAACCAGCUUCUUCCACUUCCCCAGUUUCAAAUACCCACUUGCAAAAAAAUGCCCAAAACCAGCACCAGCAACAAUCCCAUGUUUCUAAUAGGCCGGCAGUGCCGGAGGCGGCACCCUUGGUAGGGCAGAAUCAGCAGGUGACUCAGAUUGGAGGGGGGGAAUCAACUUGGCAACCGCCUGACUGGGCGAUUGAGCCUCGGGCAGGAGUUUAUUUUCUUGAGGUUUUGAAGGAUGGGGUGGUUCUUGAUAAGAUUAAUCUAGAUAGACGGCGACAAAUCUUCGGGAGGCAGGUUCAUAAUUGUGAUUUUGUGCUUGAUCAUCAGUCUGUUUCGCGCCAGCAUGCUGCAGUCAUUCCUCACAAGAAUGGGAGCAUAUAUGUAAUUGACUUGGGAUCUGCUCAUGGUACAUUUGUUGCGAAUGAGCGCUUGACUAAAGAUAGCCCUGUUGAGUUAGAAGUGGGACAGUCUUUGCGGUUUGCUGCAUCAACAAGAAUUUAUAUCUUGAGAAAGAAUGAAGCAGCUCUUUUUCCUCGUCCUCCACCUAAAGAGCUCAAUUUGCCGCCACCUCCUGAUCCAUCUGAUGAAGAAGCUGUUGUGGCUUAUAACACACAGCUAAAUCGUUAUGGUCUGAGCAAGCUUAACCUACCGUCAAAAUCCACCAAGUCUGGUAGCUCAAAAGGUGGAAGAGAUGACAGCCACCAGUCGGAGAGAUCUACUAAGAGAAUGAGGAAGCUGAGAGUAGCCUUCAGGGAUCAAGCUGGGGGAGAGUUGGUUGAAGUCGUUGGGGUUUCAGAUGGUGCUGAUGUAGAAACAGAACCUGGUCCGUUAGAUGUGAAAGAAGGAAGUCUUGUUGGAAAAUAUGAACACCUUAUACAGACUACAGUAAUACCUAGAGGAAAGCAACAGUCCUCCAUGAAGGAAGAUACUACUUCCCAAAAAGGUGUGACCAAUAAACUACAGGAAGUCUUAAAUAAGGUCAAAACCACUUCAAAAGGUGGAAUUUAUGAUGAUCUCUAUGGGGAAUCAUUUUCUGGAAAACUAGGUUCUUCCUGGGCUUAUCCAUCUGUUAGUUCUGGUGAUAGACCAGCUUCUCCAACAAAAGAUGCCCAAGGAUGGACAUCGAGUGUAAGCUCAAGUAAUGUUGAUGAAGAAAAUGAUGAUGAUUUAUUUGGUGACUAACUGAAGUGGGCAGACUAGGCAGUGGAAGGAUUGUGUUAUUUUCCUGUAUGUGAGUUUGAUAAUAUGAUUGGAAGUUGAGAAGCAGUAACUUUUGGAAAUUAUUUGAAACUGCUUCCCUUGAAAAUGGGUGAUAUAUGGUGAAUUCAUUAACAAUUUUUUUUUUUUGUAAUUGCAUGCCCCACCAAGGGUCUAUAAUCCUCCAAUCCAGUUAUAACCCAAGACUUUAACCUGUGUUAUCCUAGAGGAGGCCAAAAGGAAUUUAAUUAUGACUGAUUUUCAGCAGGUCAAGUUAUUCCUUUUAUAUUUUGUGUCACGUGUAAACCUGGACUAAUGUGCUUGUGUUGGCCUAACAACAAUGAAGAUCAUGUUCACAGACUGCAAA